AUGAACUCUUCUCAAUUAUUUCUUUCGUUUUUCUUUACUAUAAUCUCCUUCUUACCGGGCCAUGGAGAAAUUUUUGAUGUGAAAUCAUUUGACGCAGUUGGUGACGGUGUCACCGAUGACACCCUAGCUUUUAGUAAUGCUUGGCAACAAUCUUGUCAAACCCAAGGAGCCACACUCUUGGUUCCUCAAGACAAUACUUUCAUGGUAAGCAAAAUCACCUUUGAUGGAGAGUGUCAAGGGGAACUUGUAUUUCAGGUUGAUGGAACUAUAGUGGCACCAGGUGGACCAGAUCAAUGGCCGUCGGAAGCUAACCCCAAGGAUCCAUGGAUUUUGUUUGAGAGUAUUCAUGGAAUGCGUCUACAAGGUAAUGGAAUCAUAGAUGGCCGAGGACAGAAAUGGUGGGAUCUGCCAUGCAAACCUCACAGGAGAAGCAACGAGACAACACAAUCUGUUCCAUGUGAUAGUCCCCUUACACUUAGAUUCUUUAAGAGCUCCAACAUUACACUGCACGGACUUAAUAUUAAGAAUAGUCCUCAAUUUCAUGUCAAAUUUGACGAAUGUGAGAAUAUCCAUAUUGAAUCACCCGGUGAUAGCCUAAAUACUGAUGGAAUUCAUUUGGGAAGAACAAAAGAUGUUCAAAUAAAUAACUCGGUUAUAUCAAACGGAGAUGAUUGCGUAUCAAUUAGAACAUAUUGUUAUAAUGUGAAUAUAAACAACUUAACAUGUAGUCUAGGCCACGGAAUAAGUAUUGGUAGCCUCGGGGAGGAUCACUCUCAUGCUUGUGUUUCCAAUAUUACAAUUACAAAUUCAAUAAUCAAUGGUGUUCGUAUUAAAACUUGGCAAGGAGGGUCGUUUAAUAUCACUUUCAAUUAUAUUCAAAUUGAAAGUGUACGUUUUCCAAUUAUCAUUGAUCAAUAUUAUUGUUCCACAGAGAAAUGUAAGAAUGAAUCUAGUGCCGUCAUGAUCCAUGAUAUUUACUAUGAAAAUAUCAAAGGCACGUAUGAAAACAAAAAUGGAGAGAGUUCACCUGUCAAUUUUGCUUGUAGUGAUGCGCUUUCGUGUAAGAAUCUUAAGUUGGUAGAUAUCGAGUUACAUCCCGCUCCAGGUGAGAAGAAUGCAUAUCCCUUUUGUUGGAAUGCUCAUGGAAAAGCUCUUAAUUUUUCUCUUCCAAUAGUUAAUUGUUUGAAUGAAAAUGGAUUUCCAUUACCAAUAGAACAUAUUUGUUGA